AUGUUUAAUAGCAUGUUACAUUUCUCUUGUUCUAAUGUAAUGAACUUUCAAGGGAAAAGCUCUUUGCUAUUGCUUCUCCUGCUGUUCAUCACCCUUUAUCUUGGAUCUUCUCAAACUUCUGUUUAUAAUUGUGUCCUUGAUAUUCAAUCUUCUUCAUCCUUGGUUAGUUCAAAUUGUGAAUUGUACAAUUGGGGAGGGUUUACCAAUGGCUGUUGUGGACCAUAUUUUGGUGAUUACCUUUAUUCCUUGGGGCUGAGGGCAAACCAAACUGGAGAAGUAUUCUUGAGUCCCUCAGAGCAAAAAAACUGCAUAGCAUCAAUGGAAGCUUUUGACAAAAAGUUUAAUUGUUAUGGAAUAGAGAAGCUAACACGUGGAACUAAUGGUUGCUCUGAUUACACCAUCGCAGAUGUUAUUAAUCAGUUUGGAUACAACCUUGGGAGAUUGGAGGAAGAUUGCAUGCCUUUAAGCACAAAUGGUAGACCAAAUGAAACUUGCACCAAUUGUUUGAAAGCAUGGGAGAAUAUCAGUGCAAAACCAGACAAUACGAGGGGCUCAGAGUCAGCAAAUGUCAGUUCUUAUCUUUGUAGAUUUGCGGUGCUUGUCUCACUAACAAGCACAAGAAUUUAUGAUAGGGAAUCAAUUCUGAGAGUUUAUAAAUGCCUUGGGGAACAGGCCCUUUCUGCAGCCAAUCAAGAAAUCAAGGCUAGGGGGAAUGCUAAUAUCAACUCAGGUCCCUGGAUUGCCUUUGGCAUAGCAGGAGUUGUUAUAGUAUUGGUGCUUCUUGCCGCACUAGCAUUAUUUAUCACAAGAAUUUUAAGUGUUCCAACCGUAAAACAUGAGUCUGAUUCACCUUCACUGAAGAUAACUUUGAAGGAUGUUUAUGUAGCAACAAACAAUCUCAAUGCUUCAAAUUUCAUAGGCCAAGGCAUAGCCGGAAAAGUGUACAAAGGUGUACUCUCCAACAAAAAUUCUGUUGCUGUGAAGCAUAUCACCAAAGAAGGUUACAUGGAGACAUUUGUUAGAGAAGUGAGAAGCCUUUCCCAUGUUAGACAUCACAAUCUAGUGGCUUUGCUGGGACACUGUGAAAGUGAAGCUGAAUGCUUCCUAGUGUAUGAGCUAUGCCACAAUGGAAACCUCUCAGAAUGGCUAUUUGGCAAUGACAAAGUUCUUUCAUGGAUUCAAAGACUAGAGAUUUCCAUUAAUAGUGCAAGAGGUCUUGAGUUUCUCCACACCUACCCAAAUGGUUGCAUCGUUCACCGUGAUAUAAAGCCAUCAAACAUUCUUAUUGACGUUAACUUCCAAGCAAAGCUUUCAGACUUUGGGUUGUCCAGGGUUAUGGACUUAGGCCAAUCCUAUGUGAGCUCUGAAGUAAGAGGAACAUUUGGUUAUAUUGAUCCUGAAUAUAGGACAAAUCACCAUGUAAAAGCCUCAGGAGAUGUCUACAGCUUUGGAAUAGUGUUAUUGCAACUUCUAUCAGGACAAAGGAUCCUUAACAUUGAUUUCCAAAGACCAAUGUCUCUGGGUAAAAUGGCUAAAGAUGCUGUUAGAGGCAGUGAUAUUUCAGACUUUGCAGAUCCUAAACUCAAAGGGGAGUACUCAGUUGAAGCAUUUAACAUGGUACUAAAGCUAGCUUUGUCUUGCAUAGGGGACAAGCGACGAAGACCCUCUAUAGAGCAAGUGUUAUAUAGCCUAGAAAAGGCACUUGAUAUUUCAUUAUAA